ACUGCAAAAAAAUUAGUGGCGGAUCUUUUCCAUUUCUUACUUCCUAAAACCUUUGACUUUGAGGAAAGGAACAAUGUGAUCAGAAGAAUGUUACCUAACAAACGAGUCUUGCUUGUUUUUGAUGGCAUGGAUGAAAAUGAUCAAUCUAUGCAACUGGCAAAGUAUUGUACUUUGUGUGGUCCAAGGAGUAGGAUCAUCAUAACAACCAGAAAUAAGAGAGUUUUUUCUAUGAUCAAGGUGGAAGGAUUUGAGGAAACUAUCUCAACAAGUUCUACACGUAUUAUUCCGUACGAAAUGAAGACAAUGCAUUUGGAUCAUGCUCUUCAACUUUUCAACAAGCUUGCUUUCAACACAAAUUCAACUCCACCUGAUUUAUAUGAUCUUUCAAAAGAAGUCGUUGAACUCACCGGAGGACUUCCAUUGGCUGUUGAGGUGAUAGGUUCAGAUCUCCGUGGCCAAAAUCAAGCAAAGUGGAUAAGCACAGUGAAGAAGUUGAAGGAAGUGCCUCCUAGAGAAGUUUUAGAGAAGUUAAAGAUAAGUUAUUAUACACUUGAUGAUCGUGCUCAACAAAUCUAUCUGGACAUUGCAUGUUUCUUUGUUAAUAAGAAAAAAACUUUACCAAUGUAUAUGUGGGAAUCUUGUGGUUAUCACCCAGAAGUCACAAUUGAUGUCCUUAUCAACAAGUCCUUGAUCAAGAUUGUUGACCGUGAUAUCAUAUGCAUGCAUAAUCUGUUGAGAGAUGUCGGAAGGGAUAUUGUUCGAGAGGCUGCAGAUCAAAGCAGAAGUUGGUGUCUUGAGACAGCCCAUGAAAAGGGAACGGAGAAUGCGGUAGCGCUCACACCACGGAGAUUGGGAGACAAUUUUACAUGCAAAGAUUUUGCUUAUCUCACAAAUGCGAGGUUUCUAAAAUUGGAUGGCGGAAACUUUGUCGGCAACUUUGAGGAUAUUUUCUCUAAGCUAAGAUGGCUUUGUUGGCGAAAUUGUCCUCCGGAACUUCAAGCAAACAACUUUAUGUUGAAUCGCCUUGUUGUUCUCAAGCUUUCAGGCGAUAUCAUCACAGACAAAUGGAGCGGAUGGGUUAAAAUCAUGGUGGCAAGUAAACUGAAAGUUUUGAAAAUAGCAAGAUCAAAUUCCUUAAUCAAAACACCUUGCUUCUCGGAAUUUAUUAGUUUGGAGAGAUUGGUUCUGAAAGGUUUUCCAAAUUUGAUUCAAAUUGAUCACUCAAUUGGAAGCCUAGAGCGGUUGAUUUACUUGAAGAUCAAAUGGUGUCCGUGUCUUAGAGAAUUGCCCCAUCAAAUUGGUUAUCUAACUGCCGUGAGAGAGCUCAUCUUGAUCCAGAGUUUUAGCAUUCAUUAUUUGCCAGAGUCGAUCGACAAUCUAAGAUUUUUGUCAAGGCUUGUAGUGGAGGAUACAGGACUAGUUGAACUUCCGAGCGCGAUCAAGGGGCUAGUGGAUCUUGAGUACUUGUGUUUGGUGAAUUGUACGAGUCUAAAUUCAUUGUCGGAUGCUGUUGGAGAGCUAAAGUCGUUAACUGAGUUGGAUAUAUCUGGGACAACUAUCAAGGAACUACCUCAUUCGAUUUAUAAUCUCAAGUGUCUAACAUUACGGAUAAACAGUAGUAAGAUAAGAGCACAACUGAUGAGGGACUCGCCUCCCUUGGAAGGUAUUGAGGAUUGCUUCGACUCUAUAAGACUUGGAGCAGAUUGGGAAAGUGAACCGAAGAAUUUGAAGGAAGCGUAUCUCGAAAACGUCCGACAGGAGUUCUGGUGGGAAUUGUCAAUCUUAGUAUAUUCAAUGAUCCAUGUGUCUUCAGAAGAUAAUUCAAUGAGGGAAGUGCCUCUUGAAAAAGUUCGACAGGAGCCUCUCGAAAAUGUUCAACAAAAGUCAAUCAAUGAAGUGCCUCUCGAAAGAGUCCAACAGAAAUUAAUGUUAAUAUAUGAGGGACUUGAAUAUGGGGAGAAACAAAUUUUCCUGGACAUUGCAAGUAUCUUUUCAAGCAAGAAAAAAACGGAUGCAUUAUAUAUACGGAAAGGUUGUGUCCUUUUCCCCAAAGUUAAAAUUGACGCCCUUGUCAGUAAGUCCUUAAUCAAGAUUCUUGAUCAUGACAAAGUGUGGAUGCAUGAUUGGGUGAUGGAUUUUGGGAGGAAAAUUAUUCGUGAAGAGAAUAUCGAGAUAUCUUUUGAGCAUAGUAGAUUUCGGUAUCUUAUAUUGGUCAAUGAAAUGGAGGGGACCGUAAACCAUAUGCUGGGGGCAAUCCUUAUGGUCAUUCUAAAUUUGGCAAAUCUUCUCGUAGCAUCCGAAGAAUUUGACAGCUGGGACGCAGCCACCAAAGAAGACUGGAGAAACUGAGAGAUGCUUUUAUUUUGCGUAUCCAUCUCGAUAAUCAUGCUUUCGUUAUCCGAGGUCAGGUCAACAUGUAAAAGGGACUAUCGCAAGGCAAAAGUGAUGUCAAUGCGCGUAAUGGCGCGGCUAAUAAUUUUUCCCUCAGCGUAUUCCAUAUGUGUGUUAGGUCGUGAGCUCUGGGACAAUGGCAAACUCCUUUCGCUUGGCGAAACCACAUUUUCUUUGGCAGCCGGUGUCUUUCUACGUAUCAUAAUCACAGAAACUGUUGUGUCUAGUGUGGCUUAUUUCUUUCAAACCCUCGUCGAUCGCCUCCCUCUUCUUCUAGCUUGGUCUCGCUUAUAUUAAUUGGUGGGGGAACUGAGACGUACGUUUUGGAUGACUCCAAAGAGGAGAGAAUGGUGGCUGGACUUCUGCUCACUAGUGAAUCGAGUGACCGAUUACUUGCGACAACAGAAUGUGGGGAGGUGCCACGUCCUCCCAAUCACUGAAAAAAAUUCUUCAGGCCUUGGAGUAUGCUGGAGUCUUUACUUCAGGUGGUCUGAUCAAGGAGCAGGUUCUUUUCUGUAGCACAGAGAACGGGCGUAACCAGACUGGCACAUUGCUACAAAACCCUGAAGUCAUCUCUCAAGAUUCAUCAAGUACCAACUUCAUGUGAGCCCCAUCAGACCUGAAAGGACGGCCUCUAAUGUGUUCACUUCCCCAUCUUUGGAGCAGUUCUUCGGAAGCAUUUAGCAGUAACUCAUAAAAGCCGCGGACGCGAUUGUAUAUUUAUGUCAUCCUGUUUAUUAUUCGGUCUGAUAAUCUUCCAGCUCAGUUCUUGUGGAGUUCCAAUAUUCACCAGCUGCUGGUUUUCCGAUGAAAAGUGGGUUGAGGCUUUGGCUCACUAUUAAUCUUAGUCAACUUCGUUGGAUCACGAGAUUUGCUGUUUGCAAUUCAUGUCGCAUUAGUUUCAUAGACGAGCUUUUAAGUUUAUGUUGUACUAGUACCCUUGAAAGUAUCAACAUUUUGCGAGCUGUAGAGCAAGAUACCCAUAAAGCUUUUUUGGCAUAUAUCCUGUGUGUUCUGAGAUUCUUUUUUCCUCAGGAUUUUAAUGUUUUAUAGGUUCCACCGUCGCAAUUAAUGGUUAAGUCCAUCUUAAAGGCGAUAUUCUCA